AUGACUGAACCGGGGGGCCGCCGGAAACGCCGACCCUCGGGCCGGCGAGCAGCCAGAGAGGCUCACACUUCCAAGCACCACACACCAAGGACGGGCUGGACGGCAAGACGGGGAUCUGGGACCGAGGGCCUGGACCUCCCCCCAUAAUUUAACCUUUGGAUCCCGGAGCCGCCAGGGGACUUCGUGCAGCUGCCUGUGCCCAUCAUCCAGCAGCUCUACCACUGGGAUUGCGGCCUGGCUUGCUCCAGGAUGGUGCUGCAGUACCUAGGCCAGCUGGACGACAGUGAGUUUGAGAGUGCCCUGCAGGAGCUGCAGCUGACCAGGAGCAUCUGGACCAUCGACCUAGCCUAUCUGAUGCGUCACUUUGGCGUGAGGCACCGUUUCUGUACCCAGACCCUGGGUGUUGAUAAGGGCUAUAAGAACCAGUCCUUCUACAGGAAGCACUUUGACACAGAGGAGACCCGGGUGAACCAACUGUUUGCACAAGCCAAGGCCUGCAAGGUGCUGGUAGAGAAAUGCACGGUGAGCGUGCAGGACAUCCAGGCGCACCUGGCUCAGGGUCACGUGGCCAUCGUGCUGGUGAACUCAGGAGUGCUACACUGCGACCUGUGUUCCAGUCCCAUCAAGUACUGCUGCUUUGCCCCCCGUGGCCACCGCUGCUUCUGCCGCACACCCGACUACCAGGGCCACUUCAUCGUGCUGCGUGGCUAUAACCGGGCCACUGGUUGCAUCUUCUACAACAAUCCAGCCUAUGCUGACCGAAUGUGCAGUACCAGCAUCAGUAACUUUGAGGAGGCCAGAACCAGCUAUGGCACAGACGAAGACAUCCUCUUUGUCUACUUGGACAGCUGACAGCAGGAGCCUGGUGUGCCCAGGCCCUUGGACCCUACCCCUACCCCAGCCAGGCCCAUUCAGGAUGCCCUGGCCCAGGCCUGGAGCUGCUGGGACUGGGAUGCAGAGCUGCAGCUUCAGCCCAUCUGGCAAAGCCCCAGGGAACUCUAGGAGUCUGUGGCGUGGCUGCUUUGUCAGCCAGUGCUGUAUGCUGUCAUGCCUCUCACCCUAAGCACCUGUUGUUGCUGGGAGCGUCCCCAGAGUAUCUGAGGGGAGCCUCCCUCAGGACCCCAAGCCUCACUCCAACUGUGCCCACAGGAAGUCCAGCUCCGAGGGUAUGCUUGUUGCCUUCGAGCUGGACCCAAGGCAA